UAUCAAUGAGAUUAUCACAUUUGUUAUCAUCAUUCUCUAGACCGUCGCAAUCAUUGCAAUACCACUUGGCGAAGUAUUUAACUUUCUUCUUAAAGUUGUCUAGUUUAUUUUCACAGCUUCACAAAACAGAUAAUAAUCUGUGAUUCAUCAAAGUUUUUUCUUUAAAUCGGAUUUUAUUCAGCCUAAUUGAAAAAUGAAGUUAUCCCUUGCUCUCAGUGGUUUGUUUGUUUGGAACUGCGUCGAGUCCGCUCGGCUUCCCUUCACAAAUGUUCCAACGAUGAAUAUCGGGUCGCUCGGAGGAAGAUACUCAGUACUAGACAUCCCCCGAGGUGGCAUGCAACUUUUUGUGAAGACCUUGACGGGAAAAACAGUUGCGAUCGAAGUCGAGGAAGGAGAAUCCAUCGAAGAAGUUAAGGCGAAAAUUGCAGAGAAGGAGGGAAUCCCACCCGAGCAGCAGAGAUUGAUCUUUGGAGGUCAGCAACUUCAGGAUCAGAAGACUUUGGAUGAUUAUGAUGUUGGAGAUGAUGCCACCUUGCACCUUGUUCUUCGCUUGAGAGGAGGUAUGCAACUUUUUGUGAAGACCUUGACGGGAAAAACAGUUGCGAUCGAAGUCGAGGAAGGAGAAUCCAUCGAAGAAGUUAAGGCGAAAAUUGCAGAGAAGGAGGGAAUCCCACCCGAGCAGCAGAGAUUGAUCUUUGGAGGUCAGCAACUUCAGGAUCAGAAGACUUUGGAUGAUUAUGAUGUUGGAGACGAUGCCACCUUGCACCUUGUUCUUCGCUUGAGGGGAGGGUUACUUGGCAAGGGAUCAUUCAAGGUCGACGAAAAUUUUGUCAAGGAAAACUUGGUUGGUCUGACAGCUGCUGAUCGUGCCGUUAUGGAUGCCUUCACAGCGCAAAGCUUGGCAGAGGACUCGACCGAGGAAGAAAACGAAGACGAAGAUAUCCGUGUACGACGGGCAUUGUUUCGCAUAGGUGACAUUAAGAGGAAGUUCUGUGACGAUAGUCCAGUGGCGAAUAUGAUCAAUCCUGUCGCAACGAAUGCGAAUGAAUUUGAUUACACAGGAAAGCUCAUCACGACAGAUGGCAAGCGAAGUACGAAGUUGACAAAACUUUUCAAGAGAAGAGACAAUGAAGGACAACUUCUGGAUUAUGUGAAAGAAAUGAAACUCGAUAAAUGAAAAAGAGUCGAGGCAAAUAAAUUAGACUGCAACCUUAACUCAAAACGC